AGCUCAACCAUCACUCUCAACACAGAUACAUAAUCAAGCCUCACAUCACCCUCUCCUUCGACGUAUAUCUUCUCAUCGAUUCAAGCCCAGUUAUUAUUUCUCAGCUCAGGGGCUGAUCAUAACAUGACAACGUUUAUGUCAUUGUUCUUGCUACUUUCAAUUCUUAUGACCACCCUGGCUCAACUAGCAGCUGCUGAUUUUUACAAAGACGCGGAAAUCACUUGGGGUGAUCAGCGUGCCAAGAUAUUGAAUGGUGGUCGGGACCUCACUUUGUCUCUCGAUCAAGCUUCUGGAUCAGGCUUUCAAUCCAAGAACGAGUAUUUGUUUGGAAGAUUUGACAUGCAACUCAAGCUUGUCCCUGGCAACUCUGCUGGCACUGUUACCACUUUUUACCUAUCUUCUCAAGGAGCUGGGCAUGAUGAGAUUGACUUCGAGUUUUUAGGGAACUCUUCAGGAAGUCCAUAUACAAUUCACACAAAUGUAUUUGCCCAAGGCAAAGGAAACAAAGAACAACAAUUCCAGCUCUGGUUCGAUCCCACUUCUUCCUUUCACACAUACUCCAUUGUCUGGAAUCCCCAGAGAAUCAUUUUCUUGGUGGAUAACAAUCCAAUCAGAGUAUUCAACAAUCAGGAAUCAAUAGGGGUGCCAUUUCCCAAGAGUCAGCAUAUGAGAGUCUAUGCCAGCUUAUGGAAUGCUGAUGACUGGGCAACACAAGGGGGGCGUGUCAAGACAGACUGGACUAAAGCUCCGUUCACAGCCUACUACAGGAACUUCAAUAUAAAAGGGUGUCCCAAGUCAUCGACCGGAUCAUCGUCUUGUGGAUCAUCCACCGCUUCUUCAGACAACGAGGGAUGGCGAACACAUGAGCUGGAUGCAGCUGGCAGAAACAGAUUGAGAUGGGUGCAAUCAAAGCAUAUGGUCUACAACUACUGCUCUGACAAACAGAGGUUCGCUAAUGCUGUCCCUGCAGAAUGCAAGCGCUCAAGGUUCCUCUAGAUGACACACUCCUGAUUCUGAUGCCUCAUUUCUUCAUAAAUUAUUGUAAUUCCACAAAUUCAAAUAUUCUUUAUUCUUUAUUCUUUGUAAAAAAAAAAUCAUUUCUUUCAAAUAAACCAAUAAAUAGGCUGAA